AUGCCUGGCCUGGCCGUGCGAGCUCUCGGCCAGGAGUGCACGGCCAAAAGCGACAGGUGCACGGCCGUGCGCCUCGGCUCGGCCAGGCCGUGUCGGCCUGCACGGGCAGAAGCACGCCGUGCACGGCCGUGCGCGCCUGCCCGUGCGGCCGGGGCUGCUUCAGCUGACGGUGAUGAUGGAACUGCUGGCGCUGCUGCUGAUGAUGCGUUCAUGACCGACAUCGACCUCGACGAUCUUGGCGACGAGUAG